UCGUGCGUCACGGGUCUCGGUGGCGCGCGACCGGCAACGGCAAUAGCAGCAGCGACCCCACGGCGUCAGUGUCAUGGAGCACCAGUUCAGCGUCUCUGCAGAGCCCGAGUCCGAACCCGGCGUACGGACAGACGCGCUGUUUGAGCGGGACGAGCAGGAGAAACUGUCCGGUGUUGUGAAACGCGUCCACCGAAAACUGCGGAGGAAAUAUAUUGAAGUGGGCGAUUUUGAUAAGAUCUGGCGCGAGCACUGUGAGGACGAGCAGACCCUGAACGAAUAUGCUGUUGCCAUGAAGAGUCUCGCCGAUAACCACUGGGCCAAGAAAUGUGAUGGAGAGGGACGCAUCGAGUGGUGCCGCAGUGUUUGUCAGGAGUACUUUAUGGAUGGUGGAAUGAAGAAGAUGCUGGAGAAGGAUGCAAAGGCUGUGAAACAUGCUGCAACGGCCACUGGGCAGGCACCUUUAAGUACAGACUUCUCUCAGCCCAGUUUCAACUUCCGAAACGACAAGCUGCAUCUACUUGACGUGGGCAGUUGCUUCAAUCCCUUCUUGAGGUUUGAUGAAUUCCUCACAGUAGGAAUUGACAUAGUGCCUGCGGUCGAGAGCGUGUACAAGUGUGACUUCCUAAACCUGCAGCUUCAACAGCCUUUGCAACUAGCAAGCGACGCGCUCGACGCGUUCUUGCGCCAGCUGCGUGAUCCUAUCGAGACUCUGCCCGGGCAGCUCUUUCACGUGGUGGUGUUCUCUUUACUGCUAUCUUACUUUCCCUCUCCUUACCAACGCUGGCUCUGCUGCAAGAAAGCCCACGAGCUACUCGCACUGCACGGCCUUCUCCUGAUCAUCACACCCGACUCGUCGCAUCAGGGUCGGCACGCACUCAUGAUGCGCAGCUGGCGCGUGGCCAUCGAGUCGCUAGGCUUUAAGCGCUACAGAUACGUCAAAUUCUCCCACAUGCACAUGCUCGCCUUCCGCAAAGUCUCGAUCACCACCAGCAGCGACCUAGUGAGUCACAACUACCCCGAGAUGCUGUACAUCCCACAGGAUUUCGGCACACUUGACGAAGACGAUGCGUUUAGGGACUCGUGCCAGCCACCGCGCUCCGACUCUGAGGACGAGCAGCUGGCGCGGAGUUUCAUCGAGCUCCCUGAGGCGUCCUACGACUCCGACUCGGGCGAGAGUCAGAGCGGCUCGGCCCCAUUCCACGAACUGGAGGACCCCAUUUUGCUGUACAGCUGAAGCCCAGGCUGUUUUUUGCCCAGCGUUGCUGCCUCACAGUCGUGUUGGCAAAGUAACAAAGCUUUCUUACCCCUGAUGCUUUUUACAAGCAAGCUCCCAGCUCUUUUUUUCUUCUUCUCCUGCAUUUUUUUUCGUGAAACGAUGCAGUUUGCACAGUUUAUACUUAACAAACGUGUCAUGUGCCACGGAAAGCUGGACAGGUCCGUCUCUCCCACGUUGCUCCGUGACACCAUGACAAACGGGGUUUCUGAUUUAAAUGAUUAUCCUAUCACGCUUCAUUUGUGCUCAUGAACAAAACCUUUAAUGUUGCUGGUUCUUAAGUGACAUGUAAGAGACGGCGUACGAUUAAUUAAGAGAGAAAGACUGUUUACACUUUUUGUGGUGUGGAGCUUUUUAAUGAGUAAAAGACAAAGCUUUUUACACGUUUAAACAUAUCCACACAGUGGUGACACACUGGUUGUAGCUGAUGAGACUGAAACGGGUUGAUCUGGCGAGCGUGCUCAGGAUUUGUCCGCCGUUCUCCAAUGGGUUUUUUUUUUCUCUUUUUAAUCGAAUGGUGAGAUUUGGAGAGAAUUUUUUUCAAGAAACGCUUUUGAAGUAACAAAUAACUUUUUUGUAUCGUAGACUUGCACACUGUCACACUGGCUAAGAAUACAAUAGAUUGACUAGUUAUUUCGCAGCAUCAUUUAAUCUUUUCACGAUCAUUUAGCUGCUGUAGAAUGCACUCCAUGUAGGGUUUUUCCCCAAGCAUCUUUGAAGUGAUAUUUGUAGCAUUUUUGUGUGUUUACUUACGCGACACUGAGACUGUAUGCGUUUUUCCUAAAAAGUUUGAUCUACAUGGUACGGUUUUAUACAAAGUAGUCGUAGUCAUAAGAACAAUUUGAGAAGACUGACUGUGAGAUAGGUUUGGAGUUUUUUUUUUUUUUUUUUACGGGUUGUUUGUAUGGUUUUUUGCGAGAGCACAGAAUGUAUUUUAGCUGUGAACUAAGUUGUGUACGAUAACAGGAGAAAAAAAAACAACAUAUAACCAGUAGAUGUCUGACUUUGAUUCAGUGCAGAAAAAGAAACAUUUGCCAUAGCUUUACCGAAUAUUGAAUACUGUAGUUUGUUUCUUUUAAACACUUUCAAUUUUCAAUCAUCUUUGCGCUGUUAUAUUUGACUGUAUGACUGAUGUACGUGUUUAGCUCUUUCAUACACUGAGCAUUAUCUGCUUAAAAACAAAGAAAACAUGAUUGAAGAAUGCUUUAAACCUUUGAAAGUGUUUUUGGAUGAUUAACCUCAGUGAGGUUUUUCUCAUAUCGUGUAUUUGUACCAAGUGCUUAAUGUCCUCUUUGUAUUUCACUGUGAAUUCGGCAGUUUUCCUUUCACUGCGGCAGUUGCACUUGUUUAAGAAGACGCUCUUUGGAAACCUUUAAUAAGAGCUCCUGAUUAUUGACCACAAUGACAAUAAUGUGCUUUAUCGCAAAACAUAUUCUUAUCCUGGCAGAGAUUCUUUACAAUUGAAAACGCACACAAGAGUACUUAACACCUUUUUUUUUUUCAACAAACAGCUCUUAUUAAUCUAUCCAAAGUGAGUGAGUCUUAAAGCUUUAUUUAAGUGGCUGUAUGUACAAUUGCAGUCUGACAUGUUUUUGAAAAACACAAGUCACUUUUAAGGGUGCUAGAGACUUUGAUUCUUGUUGAGGUUUUUUUUUUUUUCUUUUCCCCAGUAAGUGUGUCCGUGGUGGAGGACCACUCUGGAACACUGGUUCUGUCUGUUAAUACAGAAUCUGAUAGAAAAACUGGUGCCUUUUUAUCCUGAACUGUAUUUUUUCAAUUACGAAGACUGGAAUAAAGAGAAAAUGUGGUUUGGUGCAUCAAGACUGACAAUACCUGGAAUCAGACAGAAGCCAAAUGGUGAUGAUCAUCACCACUUAAUACUGUCACUUUAAUUGCGUUAGCGUAGUCGCAUAGGCUUUCUGUUAAGCAUGUACUUUAUUCAUCAGAAUAUCAGAUAUUUACAACAAAAAUCUGUUUUUUGCUAUUACGUGUGGUGGUACAUUGUCCUUACCUGAUCCUAUGUGCACGGUUUCUCUUUAGUAUUGGAGUUUAGGACUAUCAGUGUGGGUUUUUUUGUUUUUUGUUUUUUUGCAACCUGCUCCUUUCUAAAUGAGUGUUGGUUACACAUACAAAAUGUUAAUAAAAGAUACAUACAUAUGA